GUGCACCACCGGUUUUGAAUAGAUGAAUGAAUUGAUUAAUGAUUGUCAUGCUGAUUAGAUUGAUCGAACUUCUAUUCACUCUCGGUCUCCCUCGAACUUCUUUUGAAGCCGAGACAUUUAAAUCCCCUUCUGAUAGCGUGCACUCCAUUACCGUCAGCAUAAACGGAUUUUGAUCGUAGGCCUACCAGAAUUAGGAAUCUUAUUGCAACUGUAGUCCAACGCAUUCAAUUUUGUGUGUGAAUCCUGCCACUGAUGCUCUUCAUAUAACCAUGGCUUCAUCAUCAUCCUCAUCAUUGCCGUCCUCCCCUUCAUCUUCAAUGCCAUCAAGAGCAGAGGAUUGGACCCCUGAAGAUGGGGGUCUUCAUGAGGCAUGUGGUGUAUUUGGAUGUGUCGCUGCAGGAGAGUGGCCCACGCAGCUAGAUAUACCUCAGCUAAUCACACUGGGUUUGACUGGACUCCAACACAGAGGUCAAGAGAGCGCCGGUAUCAUCACGAGUCAGGGUUCAUCCAAGAACUACCGCAAACAUAAGGGCAUGGGUAUGGUUAGUGCAAUCUUCACAGACGAGAUCCUAGCCAAUCUACAUGGUAAUCUGGGCAUUGGUCACAAUCGCUACUCCACAGCCGGGGCAUCAGAGCUCUUGAACUGCCAGCCGUUUGAUGUGGAGACGGUCCAUGGACGCAUCGCUGUGGCGCAUAAUGGAGAGCUGGUGAAUGCUGCUCAACUUAGGAUGAAGGUGCUUAAACACGGUGUAGGUCUGUCGACUGGUUCAGACUCUGAGGUCAUCACCCAGCUGCUGACCCACGCCCCUCCCGAGGGGGAACCUGAAGGCCCAAACUGGCUUGGUAGGAUACGUCAACUGAUGAAUGAGGCUCUCAUGGCUUACUCCCUUCUCAUCCUCCAUGAAAGCUCCAUCUAUGCCGUCAGGGAUCCCUACGGCAACAGGCCCCUCUGUAUCGGGAGGCUUGUCCAUGCAAGACAUAGUGUUGACUGCCCAAAGGAUGAUGAUGUGGAGGGCUGGGUGGUCUCCUCCGAAUCCUGCUCCUUCCAGUCUAUUGGUGCACAAUACUACCGAGAGGUCCUUCCUGGGGAGAUCGUUGAGAUCUCAAAGACUGGUAUCAAAUCUCUGGCCAUUGUACCCCGUCCGGCUGAAGACCCACAGGCUUUCUGCAUCUUUGAGUAUGUCUACUUCUCAAGACCCGACACCAUUCUUGAAGGACAAAUGGUAUAUUCGGUGCGGAGGAGGUGUGGUCAGCGGUUGGCUCAAGAGUCUCCUGUUGAAGCAGACAUCGUGAGCACCGUCCCAGAGUCUGCCACCCCAGCAGCUCUAGGCUUCUCACAUGUGUCUGGCAUCCCAUACAUGGAAGUGUUGACCAAGAACAGGUAUGUGGGAAGGACAUUCAUCCAGCCCAACCAGAGACUGAGACAGCUGGGUGUUGCAAAGAAGUUUGGCGCUCUCACAGAGAACUUCAAGGGCAAGCGCAUUAUCAUCAUUGACGAUUCCAUUGUGAGGGGAACAACUAUUGGUCCCAUCAUCAAACUUCUAAAAAAGUCUGGAGCAAAAGAGGUUCACAUACGAGUAGCAUCCCCACCGGUCACCAACCCUUGCUACAUGGGCAUCAACAUCCCCACUAAGGAGGAGCUCGUUGCCAACCGAAUCCCGGUCGACCGUCUGGCAGGUUACUUCAACGCAGACAGCAUCGCAUACCUGUCAAUAGAGGGCCUCCGAAUGGCAGUCACCGAAGGCAUGCAGAUCGAGGAAAGCAAAAAACAGAAGCGUCUUCACUGUACAGCUUGCUUGACCGGAGAGUAUCCAGUCAAACUGGAAUGGUGAUAGCAGCACCUUGGAAGUGUGAGAGUGGCUACCAUCAAAUCAAGGCUUGCAUUUGACUGUAGACCUUUGCCAAGAGACUUGUCUGCUGUUUGUGCUCCUUGCAAAGAUGUUAACCCAUCAUUGUAUUGUAAUUUAGAUCAUGUUGUGUGCUGAGUCUGCCACUAUCUUCAAAUCACCUUCUGCCGGUGAACCUCUUGGCAUCAUAGUAUUAAUGUUAGCUCAAGACUGCAGGGUGUUACUAGUAGGCACUUGACAUGGAGCAUUCAGUGAUAUCAUGAGACAAAAUGGUAAAAUGAUAAACACUGAUUAGUGAAGUGAUCAUUUAGACAUUGUCCUGUUAAUACUUUUCUGGUGUAUUUAUGUAUUUAUUCUUGCACUGCUUCAUGUAUUGAUAAGAGCACUAUACUCACUACCCACUGGCAUCCUAUUGCUAUAGUUUACACAGUUGAUGGUGCUCAGAGCACAUUUAGGCUUGUACUCUGCUGCCAAGAUGAGAAUUAGAUUUUUACAAUUUUAGAAAGUCUUAAAUCAUCAGCAUAUGUAGUAUAAAAUCGUAUGUACAAUAAGAGCUAUUUUGAAAAUGAUUGUAUCAGAGCUAUGAUAUGCUCAAUAUGCUGUGAAGGUUUCUUGUACAGUAUGCGAUUACAUGUAUGUUAGUACUUGAUAGUGUGUGUGCUGUCACCACAUUCCAAUUAUUGGUUUAUAGAAUGUGGUUUACGAAACAGCAUUUUUUUUUGUUAGGAGAGAGAUUUCACCGCAUGUUUAAAGUGUUGAGGUUUUUUCUUCUUUCUUUCUAUUAUAAUUUGGAUACCGGUAAGUGGAUGCUAGUUCUUCUAAUUCCUACUAAAGUCACUGGAUUUUCAAAAAAA